AUGGAAUGUCAUGUUGUGCCAUUUUUUCCUUUUGGAUGCAAUGUGACUGUUAUUAGUACUUCUAUUAAUAAGAAGGAUGAAGCAAUUAAACAUCUUGGUGCUAAUUCAUUCUUGAUUAGUCAUGAUCAAGAACAAAUGCAGGGUGCAACAAGCACAUUGGAUGGAAUUAUAGACACAGUUUCAGCAGAACAUCCAAUUGCUCCAUUGCUCAAUAUAUUAAAGCCUCAUGGAAAGCUUGUAAUGGUUGGUUUACCACCAAAGCCACUUGAGUUGCCAGCUUGGCCUUUGCCUAUGGGUAACAGAAAUAACUCGAACUUGUUAGUAAAUUUCAUGUCAUUUAAACACUUGAAUUAUGGUCUAUUUUGA